UUGCAGAGUGCACAAUCUAUCUGCAUUUGGUAAAUCAACUCCAUAAUGUACUAUACACAGUAUUCCUAUAUACAUUAUAUCACCAAAAGUAUUUCCCCCCGCCCUCCCAAUCAUUGGAUUUAGGUGUUCCAAUCACCUCCUGGCCACAGGCAUGCAGACUGCUUCUACAAACAUUGGUGAAAGAAUGGGUCGCUCUCAGGAGCUCAGUGACUCCAAGCGUGGUCCCGUGAUAGGUUGUCACCUGUGCAAUAAGUCCAUCCGUGACAUUUCCUGGCUACUAAAUAUUCCACGCUCAACUGUUAGUGGAAUUAUAACAAAGUGGAAGCAACUGGGAACAACAGCAACUCAACCACCAAGUGGUAGGCCACGUAACAUGACAGAGCGGGGUCAGUGCAUGCUGAAGCGCACAGUGCACAGAAGUCGCCAACUGUUUGCAGAGUCAAUA